CAAGGGUGCAAAGCUCACACAAAUGAAGAGGCAGAGGCAGCAGUAGCUAGGCUUAGAUACUUUCCUCCCCCCGCCCCUUGGAGUGUAAUUUUAGAUUGAGAUUCAGUUUAAAUCCAAGGGGAAAACACUUUAUAAGACUGAAAGCUGUAUAGUUGCAACAGCCAAGGUUAUGGGCUAUCAAAUGCAAUUACAUUAAAACAGAUUAUACUGUGCAAAUUGAGCCAUUUAGAAGGUGAGAACCAAAGAAACAGCUCUGAUCCCCCCUUUUUUCUAAAUUGCAGUUUUAGUUCCUUGCAAUUCUGAGGUACGAAAGUAGGUGAGACGGCUUUUGUAUCUGCAAAGUGCUUCAUUUCUGAAGGUAAUUCUAACUGAGUGCAAUCUAGGUUAAAAGCUGGACAACUGGAUAAUUAGAGCUCUCUCGCUGCUAAAGGACAAUCAGCUGAGCUGUAGCAGCUCAUCUUGGGCUCCCACGUAAGCUAGUUCUUUUCUCUUGUGAGCGGAGGCGAUUGGAGACGGAGCAUCUGCACCCGGACUUCCUGUAAACCCUGAGAUGAUGGUGCUGGACAAGGAGGACGGUAGGUGUGCCAAUGCUAUCUGUACAACCAAAGGGGAAGCAAAAGGGCUGUGCUGGCUGCAACCGCAAGAUCAAAGACCGAUACCUUCUGAAGGCUUUGGAUAAGUACUGGCAUGAGGAUUGUUUAAAGUGUGCCUGCUGUGACUGUCGCCUUGGAGAGGUUGGAUCAACACUUUACACGAAGGCAAAUCUCAUUCUUUGUCGCAGGGAUUACCUGAGGCUCUUUGGGACCACUGGGAAUUGUGCUGCCUGCAGUAAGCUGAUCCCUGCCUUUGAGAUGGUGAUGAGGGCUAGAGAUAAUGUUUACCAUUUGGACUGCUUUGCCUGCCAACUUUGCAACCAGAGAUUUUGUGUGGGAGACAAAUUUUUCCUGAAGAACAACAUGAUCUUGUGCCAGAUGGACUAUGAGGAGGGGCAACUGAAUGGAAGCUUUGAGCCCCAAGUUCAAUAACUAAUCCUGUUUUGCUGAAACACUGUGGGAUGGACGUUCAGCCGCACUAGCAGUGAAGGGCGUCUGUCAGCUUGCCUGCAAUAUUUUUUUAAUUCUUGGUCCACAAAGGACUAUAUACAUUGUAGUAUUUCCCCCUGCCCCAACACAAAGCAGUUACAAUUUUAGAUGUACAGUUGUGCCUGCUUAGCUGAGCACUGCAUUGCCUGUAUGUUUGUGAGGUUUUUUUGGGGAGGAGAUUUGGGGGAGGGAUCUGUACAGUCUGUUUUUCUGUAUAUAAACUUGAACAUUUAUUUUAUGAAAAAUGUAAUGCAAUUUUAUUACAGGUGUGAAUUAAAAAUUAUGAAUGUUU